GCAAUACAUCAAUUACCAAAUUCAACUUUAUUAGUUAGAUUACUAACUCGAGCAUGUAAAACUGUACUGACUGAUCGUCCUGGUCUUACGGAUUCUUUACCUCGAUCUGGUAAUGUACAUAGAGUUUUAGAAUUAUUAGCAAAAGUCGAUGAUCCAGAAGGUGCUAAAGCGAUUGUCAUCAUUUUACAUCAGAUGUCAGCGAGUAAA